AUGAAAAACUCAUCGAUUAUGUCUUCAGUCGUACUGGAGGUCCUUUACAGAAUGGAUGAUCUUAAAUACCUUUACAUCAUUGUCUUUUCUAUGUUGUACAUGUUUGUACUUGUUGCUAACACCACUGUGAUUUUUAUCAUAAUUAUUGACCGAGCGCUUCACAAACCUAUGUAUGUCUUUUUAUGCAACUUGGCUGUAAAUGGCGUCUAUGGUGGUACGGCUUUGCUUCCAGCCUUGAUGGGUACUUUAAUGUCUCCAUCUCAUGAGGUAUCUUUGGCAUCUUGUCAGGCUCAAACCUAUUUCCUGCACACAUAUGCUAUCAUAGAAUUCACCAUUCUUUCAGUGAUGUGCUAUGAUCGCUAUGUGGCCAUAUGUUAUCCGCUACAGUAUCACAGUAUCAUGACAAUCACAAAGGUGUAUAAACUAAUGGCUUUCUCAUGGGGUUAUCCUUUAGUGGCAUUCGCUUUGUUUUUCAUUCUGACUCUGCGCUUGACAAUCUGUAGAAACAUAAUUGAGCGAGUGUACUGUUCCAACUAUUCUCUUGUCAAACUGUCCUGUGAUGACACAAAUGUUGUGAAUGCUAUUGGAUUGUUUUCUGUUGUUGCAUAUACUUUUCCUCAGCUUGCAAUGACCCUGUACUCAUAUGGACAUAUUCUUAGAAUAUGCUUUACUGCCACUAAAAAAUCUAAAAUAAAAGCACUGAAGACCUGCAUGCCACACUUAUUUGCAAUAUUGAAUUAUAGUGUGGGCUGUUUUUGUGAAAUUGUACUAAGUCGCUUUGACACAAGUUAUCUUUCCUUUGAAGCAAAAACAGUUAUGUCACUUUAUUUCUUAAUAUUUCCUCCUAUUGUGAAUCCAGUCAUUUAUGGGCUGAGUGUUCAGGCUCUUAGAGAAAACAUGUUUAGACUUUUUAGGUCUAGGAAUAAAUUAUUGCCUUUGGCUGUAAAAUAGGAUCUUUGUUAUUUUCUAGAUGAGAAAUGUGUAUGUUAUAAAAAAUUUCAUCAUGUCAGUUAACAGCUGACAUUCCCAACAUUUGUAAGCAUUAUCUGAAUCAUGUUUGAGUCACAUGCAAGACAAUGUGUUGCCCUCUGAAAAGCUGAAGUGCAAAAAAGUGUAAUGAACACAAUGAUUGUCACCAUUUAAGCAAACAAUGAUUGUCACCAUUUAAGCAAACAAGCAAUUCUUAAAUGUUCUGUUACUCUUUUUACUGAGAAAUGUGGAAGUUCAUGGGUAUGAGUUAGUGUUCAAAAACAUUAAAAAUGGAGCAAAACACAUUAUAGGUCUUAUCUCAUGCACAAAUUUCAAAAUAAUUAUUUUUCACAUUUAACCAUAGCCUACUGAAAUAUAUUUGAUUUCUAAUUUCUAAGGUCUCUAAAUUAUCAAUAUUAUCAAAAUCUGUUGUACACAAUACAUGACUUAUGUUGCCUGAUUGAUACUAUACAAGGCUUUUCAGUAUAAUUCUAAAAAUGUGCACCUUUAGGUCAUGGUACAGUUUGGGCCUUUGAAUAAAACGUAUGUUUUUUUCAAGUUUAUU